AUGACGCAACCACGAAUAUUAAGUAAAUUAGAACCUGGAGAUGCUGUAUUCGCUGACAAAGGAUUUCCAUCAAUUCGAACAGAAUUAGAUAAAUUAAGGAAUAUGUCUGUACUUGUUCAUCCCCUGUUUGUCCAAAACGGAUUACUUCAGCCAGAAGAUAUCGAAACAUACUCUAUAGGUAGCGUGCGCAUGAAUGUUGAACGGGUUAUACAAAGAUUGAGAGUUUUUAAAAUUCUGCAUCAUAUGCCAAAGGAUCUUAGAUUAUUUUUAGCUGAUAACAAUGUGUCUGCUGCAUCAGUACGAGCAAACGCUUUGAAAGCCUUGAUCCCGUUAUAUGAGGACGAUGAACUAGGAAGAAAAUUAAAAUUGUUCACACAUAAAUAUCAACAAAGACUUCUUAGUUUAUCUUGGGACAAGAGCCGAUGCAAUCAAGCGAUUGCAAUAAAGCUAGUCACAGCCAUGUUCAGAUCCUAUCCGUACUUAUUCAGUAGGAAAGACUUGAACACGGUUUCAAGUUUGAUGUUCUCUCCAAAUCGAAAGGUUGCAGUGGCAGCAGGCACAUUUUUUCAUCAUGUCUUUUUAAGAUUGGAUGAAGAUUCAAAUGGGGCCGAGUUUGGGGUUCGAUGGUUCAGAUAUGUUUCAACUUCCACCAUUGAAUUGCAAGGUUUAAAUUUUAUUUCAUAUCUAGUGGAUGCCCUAGUUGCAAACAUUGAGAUAAUAAAAGAUUGGAAUUCGAUGAUACAUAUUUUAACUCAAGAAAAUGAUGAUCCUUUGACCCCAAUCCCCCAACCCCAAGAAAUUUUAAUUGAAAUUAUGUUUUGGUGUGCAAGUCUUUCAAGUACUGGUGAAUAUCCAGGGGAGAGAGCAACUGAUAAUAUGGUCCCAAGUUUAAAACAAAGAAAACAAAUGAAGGAAGAAAAAUUAAAUAUCACAAAACAUCUAAUGCCUAUGAUAGCAAUUCUGUUGGCUCGCUUCAAAACCAAUGUGAAUUGUAUUAUUCAUUUGAUCAGAAUACCUCAAUAUUUUGACCUCGAAAAUAUAAGUGAGAUGGAAGAUCUGCAUUUAAGGAAUUUAUUGGGCGCUCUGCAAAACAUCGCCCAGGAGUGUACCGACACAAUAGUGUUAGACAACUGCAGCAAGACUUUGCAUUGCCUUUAUAAAAGAAUAAAGAAAAGGGCAAGAAGCAUUGUUGCAGAUUGCGAUGCCGCCAUAUCGACCAUUGUCGACGAAUGCGCAUUUGUAUAUAUGGAGCCAUAUCUUGUAUGGCUAAGUAUUGUGAAUGGGCAAAUGGAUCCAAAAUAUGCUAAGAAAGAGUAUUUUCAUCGGAUUGUAAAUUCUCUGAAGAAAAUAUACAUUUUCCACUAUUUACAUAACAUAAAUUAUUUAAAUAUAUGGGAUGAUUUUUUAGAAGAAUUUAAAGUGUUUAGGAAUGGUGUCAUUGAAAGAAAUCUUCCUAUCGAGGGAUCGAUAUACUGCCUACUUUCCUACGGCACAUGUUUAUCUUGGAAAUUGAUGGAAGUAAAAGAUAUGGAUCUAAAUAAUAUGGUACUCAAUGCUAUGGCUUGUAUGAAACAAGCCGAUGUAUUGAAGUUAAAAUUGAAAAAAUAUAUUGAAAUCUGCAAGGACAUCGUAAAAAAUGUCACUCAUGAUGAUCUGCAACAAGCUGUAAGUUGA